AUGUUUGUCUUGCACUCAUUGUUUGAUUCGUGCUGUCAUACCGUCUACCACUCACGACUUCAAGGUCACAUUUCAAGGUCACAUUUCAAGGCUAUAUUUCAAGGUUGCAUUUCAAGGUCAUAUUUCAAGGCCAUGUUUCAAGGUUACAUUUCAAGGUCACAUUUCGAGGUUAAAUAUGCGUUCAAGGUUGGCUCCCAAGGUCGACUCUCAAGGGCGUUCUAGAACAUACAAACCCUACCUACUUGCGUCCCUGCGGCGUUAUGAAUCAGUUAAUUGCUUUCCGUAAACACCACCAAAUCAAACUCCAAUUGCUUACUGAACUGUCAAAAUUUUGUUUAAUUAUUCAGUGUCGUUCAAAAGGUACCUAAGAAGAACCGAUUUCCAGUAAAGCCAGUUUUUACUUUCUACGUCAUCUCGAAAAUU